CCUGUGACCGUGCGAGCGCCCGUGCGCGCACGCGAGCCAUCCCCACAGCUGCCUCGCCAAGCGAACCAAGAUGGCGACCAACACGGAAACGGUAGAAGAGGUGGUGCUGCAAAACCCCGCAGGCACAAAACGUUACACUCUGUUCGUUCCCACGUCACUGAGGAUCUAUGCCGACACUGGCACUUCAGCUGCCAUCUACAAUUACCUCCAGAGAAUCUAUCCAGUGAAUGAGACAGGAUGCAAAAAAUUGUUACUGACGCAGUCACUGCAAGUCUUAGCAGACCUCGGGCUGCUACAGACAUGGUCAGCCAUGGCCAAGGGCAGUGGAGUUGCCUUAGGCAAACAUGCCACCUUUGAUCAACUGUCUCAGGCUGCCUAUAGCCGAGAUGUUGAUGACGAUGUUCUCGGUACACUGGGUGCAGUUGCGCCCAAUCACCUCACUGCGCAGGAGAAAGUCAGAUUCAUGGAGAUUGGUGUGGCUGCACUUCCCAAGGGGACAGAAUCAAGAGCGUCCACACCAACGCUGGAACCAGAGAUGCUACCAAUCAUCAAAAAACUGAGGACAUCCAGAUGUUGCAACACCGAAGCACCCAGCACCUCCUCUGCACCACCACCAAGGGCCUCCUCAACUCCUCCGGCACACAGGACCACCAUAUAA